AUGGGACACAUAGAUGAAGGUGUGGAAAUUAUGGCAAAGAAUAAAAGUGCAAUCCAGGAGAGAAAGUGGGUGGCUAAAGAAAGGGAAAAUGAUUUUGAGGAGGGAAACCACUUCUAUAGAUUCCUUGAGCACGAACCGUUUAUCUCCAAAUGCUUUAACUUCCGAGGUGCCACAAAUGAUACUGAACCGAAGGCUGCAGCUGCAGUGUGUGAUAGGCUUACCAAGAUUAUGUGUGCCAUUCUUGAGUCUUAUGCUUCUGAAGAGAGACGACAUGUUGAUUAUGUGGCCAUUAGCAAAAGCGAAGAGUUUCGGAGGUAUGUAAACAUGACCCAAGAUCUGCAGCGUGUGAAUCUCUUGGAAUUAUCAGAAAACGAGACGCUUGCCUUCUUCUUGAAUUUGUACAAUUCCAUGGUCGUCCAUGCUAUGAUUAGAGUAGGGUGUCAAGAAGGUGUAAUUAAUAGGAGAUCCUUCUCUGAUUUCCACUAUUUGAUUGGAGGCCAUCCUUAUUCUCUUAGUACUAUUAAAAAUGGUAUCCUCCUCUCCAGUUGCCAAACUUACUACUGUAAGGCUGCUCCUUGCCUUGGCUGCUACUCAAAAUUGGUACUUAAAGCAAUUAGACAUAAACAAUGCUUUCUUACAUGGAGAUCUCCAUGA